CUGCCCAGCCCCGAUCGCCGCAACCCUAAUCCGCUUUUGGUCCCAUCGGCCGCUCUGCUUAUACGGGACGUCAUCUACAGCUGAUCUUGCUUCCGUUAUUGUGGCUGUUGCUGCGAUAAUUCUGCUCAGCUCUGCGAUUAAACCAUCCAAUGACUAUCCGCGUGGGACUGGACCCUUUCUUAUAUUAAGACCCUGGAUCUCCCUCUUCUCACCUCCACUUCGCCAGCCCUAAUUUAUUUACUUCUACUAUACCUACGAAAGCAUCACCAAAAUGUGCGCUGCCUUCUCCAAUCCCAACCACGGAGGCCCAGGCUACGGCUUCAACUACCCUCCACAUCCUCCCCAGCCUGUACCCGGAGGAUACGGUCCAGCUCCAGUUCCAGGAGGUUACCAUGCUGGUCCUCCUCCCGGCCCUGGAUACGGCUACCCUCCGCCACCACCACCAUACGGCCCGCAAAAUACCUACAACAGCACGCCCCCUCCAGGGCCCAUCCCACCAAACAGAUUCGGCUUCCAUCCAAGCCCAGGCCCAGGUCCAGGCCCAGCAAACAACAUGAACAUGAACAUGAACAUGCCACACCAACACCAACACCAACCUCACCAACAAUCCAAACCGGGGGCAUUCGUCCUGCGCCAAUCCCCCUCAACACACAAGAUAAUCCUCAUCCACCCGUCGGGCACACCCGCUACCGCCCCACCAAUCUACUCUCUAACCUCCAGCCCCAAAGCGAGCAAAGCGGACUACGUACUCGCGCGGGGGUCCGACCCAAAUAAUGCAUCCGCGCUGGUGGGGGAAGUCAAAGCACAUACAUUCAGCAGUAAAUACGACCUCAUCGUGCGCGGGCAGAAAUGUCUGCUCAAGGCGUCUUCGCUGGGGGAUAGCUAUGCCAUUGAUGUCCCUGGGCGGGGGAAGUAUAGGUGGGUGACGGAUCAGGAGAAUUUGAGUUCGAAAAUGUGGUUGAAGGAUGAGGGGAAGACGAGGGUGUUUGCGACGUAUGAUAAGAGCCGGGGGCCGUCGAGUGUGGGGGGUUGGAAGAAGUUUGUUGGAGGGAGGGAUCGGGAGUUGGUGCUUGAGCCUGCGAUUCAAGGAGAUGAGUUCUUGGUGGAGGUUUUGCUUGUUAGUCUUUAUGCUGUCAAGAUGGCCAAAGAGGGCGCUCUGGAGGCCGCGGGGGAGAUCGUUGGUGCGCUUGCGGGGGCUUGAUAUUUCAUACUGUUAAGGCGUUCUGAACCAUGUUUGUGUUUAUAUUUGCAUACCAUAGCCAUGUUCUGAUGAAGCGUUGGAAUAAAGAAGUGAAAUUGUAUUACUAUAAGCUAUUAUAACAUAAUAUAACAACAUAAUUC